AAAGAAAAGAAAAUUUUAACACUAUCAAAUCAACAAGAAAAAAAUAAAAAAGAGGAGGUGAGGUCAGCUUCCUCUCUUAAACGCCUCGUUGAAAAGCAGAGAAAAUUAGAAUUGAUAGAUCGAUCUCUUCCGAAUUCAACGAGGCGUCUAAGGUUUAAUUUAAAUUUAGAAUUGUAUCUGCUAGCUUUCGAGAAUUUUGGUUUGUUUAUGUUAUGCUGUAUUAUUACUGAAACAAAUAACUCCGAUUUGAUCGAUCAAGUUUCAAAAUUAUGGAGGGAAUUAUGAAUAAGUUAAGAAAUUUGGACGCCUAUCCUAAAAUCAAUGAAGAUUUCUAUAGCCGUACACUUUCCGGUGGCGUUAUUACUCUAGCUUCAUCUAUCGUUAUGCUUCUCCUCUUCAUGUCUGAACUCCGAUUAUAUCUACAUGCUGUAACCGAAACAAAGCUUGUAGUAGAUACUUCACGAGGAGAAACCUUACGCAUCAAUUUUGACGUCACUUUUCCAGCCCUUCCUUGUUCCAUUCUCAGCCUAGAUGCCAUGGAUAUCAGUGGAGAGCAGCAUCUUGAUGUGAAACAUGAUAUAAUCAAGAAAAGACUGGACUCGCACGGCAAUGUAAUUGAAGCACGCCAAGAUGGUAUUGGUGCUCCUAAGAUUGAAAAUCCUUUGCAGAGACAUGGUGGCAGGCUUGAGCAUAACGAAACAUAUUGUGGUUCGUGUUAUGGUGCUGAAGCAUCAGAUGAGGAUUGCUGCAAUAACUGUGAGGAAGUCCGUGAAGCAUAUCGAACGAAAGGCUGGGCAAUGUCAAAUCCAGAUUUGAUUGACCAGUGCAAAAGGGAAGGUUUCCUACAAAGGAUUAAAGAUGAAGAAGGUGAAGGAUGCAACAUUUAUGGCUUCUUGGAAGUUAAUAAGGUGGCCGGUAAUUUUCACUUCGCACCAGGAAAGAGUUUUCAACAAUCAAAUGUUCAUGUGCAUGAUCUGCUGGCAUUUCAAAAGGACACUUUUAAUAUAAGUCAUAAGAUUAAUCGAUUAUCCUUUGGAGAGCAUUUUCCUGGUGUUGUGAAUCCUCUUGAUGGUGUGUACUGGACGCAAGAAAGUCCAAGUGGAAUGUACCAGUAUUUUAUCAAGGUUGUACCUACUGUUUACACUGAUGUUAGUGGGCAUGCUAUCCAGUCGAACCAGUUUUCUGUUACGGAGCAUUUUAGGAGUGCAGAGGCGGGUCGCCUGCAGUCACUCCCUGGCAUUUUCUUCUUUUAUGACCUUUCUCCCAUUAAGGUGACUUUCAUAGAAGAGCACGUGUCAUUUCUGCACUUUCUAACAAAUGUAUGCGCAAUAGUUGGAGGCGUUUUCACUGUUUCCGGAAUACUGGAUUCGUUUAUAUAUCAUGGUCAAAAGGCAAUCAAGAAGAAGAUGGAAAUUGGUAAAUUUAGUUAAAUGAUAUCUGAUUGGCUUGGGCUGUUGCUGUAUGUGGAUGGAUGGUUAGACAUUGACUGGCUUCUGGGUACAACUGGAUUGAACAAAUCCCAUUUUGCAUUGGCGAGCUUCGGAUGACAACUAAGUUCUGUGACGAUUUCGUGAUGUAUGUUCAAUGAAUUAAGUUUUAUUUCACAUUUCACCCAUAAAUUUGGCAAUGAAAUCCCUCCCUGCUCUUCCUUUGGGCUGAUGUAAUGGAACUGUUGUCUUGAAUGUCCUCUCCACUGGGGCUUUUCAUUGUUUUCUAGAUGAUUGAAGUCGAGAAAAAUUCUUAACAGAAAUGAAAACAAUCACAGAUUUUGUGUCUCAA